AUGUUCAAGAGUAGAGCAAUGUGGCAAAAAGAGGUACAAGUAUGUGCAAUAUGCGCCUUUAACCAUACUCCUGAAGGAGUGUAUCUUGGUCAAAAUAGCACUUUUAUUCUUGGCGUUCGCAAGAAACAAAGCAAAGUGCCUCACAGGGAUACGGCGCGGCAAGAGGCAUGGCAUGGAGGCAGCAGCUGCAGCGGUGCGGCAAUCCCUCACGGCGUGGUGGAAGGCAGCGGCACGGCGUGGAGUGAGGCUCUACCGCGGCGCGGGAUCUUCUGCACGGCGUGGUGGAGGGUGCUCCUCACUACUAGGGUUUUAGAUCUCCUUGUGAUUAUGAAAUCGGAAUUCAAUCAAUCGACCCGCCAAUCAGCUUCGAGAAACUGCGAUGAUGCAGCUGUGUAG